AUGGUCCAAAAAGGUGAAGGGCAGCAGAAGGGGGUCUUGCCUCUUCUAGAUCCCCGCUUAUGCCGCCGCUGUCGUGGAGCGGCGGGUGGCCCUCCAACACUUUCAGGGCCUUGGAGUGUAGUGGGUAAGGUCCCUGAAGCCAACGCCCUUUUUGUAGUCAGCAAAGAAGAAGAGAGAGCAGCAGAAGACUGCGUCCGAACUCUGGUUUCUGAUGCCGUGGAUUCCCAUAAGUGCCACGAUGGCCUUCUAGAGGCUGCUGCAAAAGUCGACCGAAGGGCCCUUCUGGCUUUGAAACUUAGACAACUAAGAACCUGUUUAAGAGUGGACAACAUACGUUGGCUAAGGGGAGAAACCCCUCCUGAAUUUGCUGCUUCAAUGGCUGCUCAAGGGACAUCUUUCCGUAGUGAGGGCUCCGUUGCAGCAGCCGUCGCAGCAAAUGCAGUUGCUGCUGCAAAGGAAGGCGAUCCAGUGCUUGUUGGAAAUCCCCCGAAUGGAGCUUUGAAGAAAGAUGCGAACGAAAACUUUGGGCUCAUUGUGCAGGUCAGACACAGCGCAGGUUUUCACGGAGUGGCAAAGCACAGAUUCAAGGUGUUGUGGUCGUCGAAGGGCCCCUCACAUGACCUCUCAGGGAGACUCUCAGGGAACUCAUCACAAUUUUCCGCGUCUCAUGAAGACGCGGAGUUGCUGCUGGAGGAGCCCGAUGUAGGUCUCGCCCCUGGGCAGAUCGCUGCCUUUUAUAGGGGCGACGAGUGUAUCGGCUCGGCACGGAUUUCUGCCUUACAGGGGUUACCUGUAUUAAAGGGGAUUCUGGAGAAGGGGAAUUGA